AUGACCAUACAUAAGCCGAACCACCAAACCUACACCUCAAACACCCCACUUAUACCAACUCCUCCUCACCCUCCACCACCAACCCCGGGCCCCUCCUCUCCUCCUGCUCCCGCUUCCAAGUCCGGAAAAUCUAUUCUCCUCCGCCCCCCACCUAUCCGCCGACCCAGCCGCCGCAUUCCUCAUCUCGAUCCACUCCUCGACCGCGGUGAUGCCCGCAGUCAGCUCGGCCCUUCUUCGGCCCUUGAUGGUAUUUGCCUGGAUGCGCCACGCGACGUAGGCACCGAGGCCGACACAGAGAACGAACUCGAAGAGGAGGAUGCAUUUAAGGGCGAUGCAGGACUUUGUUUGGAUGAAGUCGAUGGCCGCGAUGGGGCCUUGGGGACACAUGUAUUUCAUGGUGAGGUGAAGUGGUGCUUCCUGAUUUGUGUCGAUGUCUGCUUGUUGAGAACUUGGUGA